UCAUCCCUGCUCACACAUAAACAUUGUCAGUUGUAUUUUCAUUUUUCAAUUUACAAUUAUUAAAUUUGUUUUCAAAAAAUAUAACAUAUAAUUAAAAUAGUGCAUAAACCGCAUUUAAAAUGUAGUAAAAUUAAUUCAUUUUCAUGCAACAUUAAAGUAAAUUUUUUUUUCACAUCACUUUUUUCUAAAUAUAUAACUUUUAUUAACGUCAAACAAAAAUCACUGGUGAUCUUUCAAAAUGCAAGUUUUUAAAUCAAUGGAUCGUCCAUUUCAUUUGUUGGCAGAUAAAGAGAAUUAUGAAAAGUAUUCCACUUUAAUAAAGGCAAAUGGGGGAAAAUUAACAACAAAACCAACGUUUAAUUCACUUAUUUGUACUUCGAAAAAAUAUCGUUCAUCUUUCAAGAAUACGUAUAAAUUGGAAUAUAUUACCGAUUGCAUUGAGAAGGAAGAAAUAUUAAGUUAUUAUUUUUACAGUUGGAGUGAAAAUUUUCAAAAACGAUGUGGAAAUUGUACGCUUUUAUUUAAAAGUAUUGUCUGUCUUGGUCCCUCUAAAUGUAUUGACAAUGAAAUUAAUUUAGUGGAAAACAUUUCAAAUCUUCCAACGGGUACAAAUAAUUUGCCAUUGAAUAUUUCACCUAUACCGAGCACUUCGAAAGAUAAAGAAUGUUCAGCUACAAAUAGAGUGGAAGUGACAAAAGGUAUAAUAAGUUCAACACAAAAAAAUAAAUCAACAACAACAGAUGACGAGGAAGUGGAAAAUCGAAAUUGUCCUUCAUUAAAUCAACAAAAGAAACAACCUCUUACACAAAAAUGCUAUUUAAAUAUAAAUAUCGAAAAAAUAACAGGACCGGAAGAAAAAACAUCAUCGCAAAAAUUAAUCAAACCGAUGACUAUAGAAAAAAAUCAAGAUAAAAUUCGAAAGGAACAAUUAAAAUCUCAAGAAAAUACAGAACAAAAACUUCAAGAAAAACUCAAAUUUUACAAUAUACGUCCCUCAAUUGUGAUUUGUGAAAAAUUACAAAUUUCUCAAUCAUUUAAAAUUACAAAUAAUAAAAAACGAAUUUUUCCAUCUGAUAAUGAAUCAGAUGAAAGUGAUUUCACAUUAAAACGUAUAAGAAAAAAAUCCAAACAAGUUAUAGCAUCCGAUGAUGAUGAUGAUGAUGAUAAUGAUACGGACAAUAAUUUACAAUUAAGAAAUGAUAAAAAUUUUAAAAAUAUUACAAUUGAUUUAGAAAAAUGUGAUGAUAUUGUUAAUUUAAAUAAAAAUACACAAAAUUCUAAAAAACGUAAAAUUGAUGAUUCAAUGGAAAAUAAUAACAACAAAAAACGAAUAACCAUUGACAAAUUAAAAGAAAAAAAUAAUUCUCCUCAUAAUGAGAAUAAUAAAAGUAGCGAUGAUUCUGAUCAUGAAAAUAUAGCACGAAUUUUUACACAAAAUUCAAUUAAUGAUUCAAAUGAUGACGAUUUAUUUGAAAGUGUUUCAGCAAAUUCCAAUAAUGACGACGACGAUGAUGAAAAUUUAAUACCAGCUGAACAAAAUCGUUCUGAUAGUUUUAAUAGUUUAGAAGUAUUUCCAUCGUCAAUGCCAUUAAAUGUUUCAAUGGAUGAAAUUCCAACUAGUACACAAAAAACAAUUUCACCAAAUUCUCAAUCAAUUUCAAGGGAAAAAAAUGGAGGAAAACAGAUGGAAUCAAAUGUAAAUGUUAAUUUUCAAAAAGAAUUUGAAAUUUCAAGAAAAAGAAAAAAUAGUGAAUUAUCGAAAAAUCAUCAACAUUCUAAUUCAAAUAUUAAUAAAUUGAAUUCGACAUCAAUUAGAAAAAAUAAUGAAAUUUCAAUGGUGAAUUUAAAUGAAAGUAGUCAAAAUGAAAAUAUACAAAAUAGCCAACUUUUUGAUUUAUUUGGUAAUUUAAAUGAAAUUUCACUUUUAAAUGUAAAUAAUGGUAAAAGAGUUAAAUUUCGUAAAGGAUGUAGAAAAAAUAGAGAAAAAUCGCCAAUUUCCAAUGAUAAUUUAAAUUCAAAUGAAAGUGAUAAUUCUCAACGAGAAUUUUCAAAAAAUCGAAAAAAAUCACGAAUUUCCAACACGAAUUUAAAUUCCAGUGACGAAGAAAAUUUUCAGCGAGACGUGUCGAAUAAUCAGAAAAAAUCACAAAUUUCCACAAAGAAUUUAAAUUCCAGUAAAGAAGAUAAUUCUCAGCGAGAAAUUUCGAAAAAUCGAAAAAAAUCACCAAUUUCUGUUAUAAAUAUAAAUUCCAGUGAUGAAGAUAAUUCGCAGCGAAAAGUUUCAAAAAAUCGGAAAAAAUCACGAAUUUCCGUCAUGAAUUCCAGUGAAGAAGAAAAUUCUCAGCGAGACGUAUUGAAAAAUUAUAAAGAAUCGCAAAUUUCUACAAAGAAUUUAAAUUCCAGUAAAGAAGACAAUUUUCAGAGAGAAAUUUCGAAAACUAGGAAAAAAUCGCAAAUUUCCAAAAUAAAUUUAAAUUCUAGUUCAGAAGGAGACAAUUCUCAGCAAGAAUUAUCCAAAAAUCGGAAAAAAUCACAAAUUUCCGUUACGAAUUUAAGUCUCAAUAAUAAAGAAAAUGAUUUUUCGCCAGAUUUUUCCAAUAAUUCCCAAUCUUCCAAUUUAAAUGUGAAUUCAAAUGAAAUUUUCACCUCGAAUUUAAAUUCCAAUAAUAAUGAUAAAAGAGACAAUAUUUCUAAUGACAUCGAUAUUUCAGAAAUAAUUCCAGAAACUGAUAAUGAAAGUUCCAGUUUAAGUGCAAAUGGAGUUUUUACACAACGAAAUUUUAAUUAUAAUGAUACUGAAAUUGAAACACAAAAUACUCAUAAUAAUUCGAAAAAUUCACAAGAAUUGAUAGAUGAAAAUAAUGAUAUUAAUGAUUUACUCGAUUCAGAUGAUAGAGAAGCAUUAUUGCAAGAUGAUUCAGAAACUGAUUUUGAAAGUACUCUUCCGGAAAAUAUUGUUAGCGAUUCUAUUGUUGAAAUAGAGGUGAAAAAGGAACCAAUUCAUAUAUCGAUAAUUACUCUCGAUGAUGAUAAUGAUAUUGAAAUUAUUGCAAGUCAAGAAAUUAAGAAAAUAACAACAAAAAUUGAAAAACAAACACAAUCUUUAUCGCAGAAUGAACAAAUUAUUGAGCAGGGGAAAAUAAUGGAAAAUAAUGAUUUAAAUAAAGGGGAGAAUUUAAUUUCUCAUAUUGAAAAAGAAUCGCAACAUUUUACAUUGGAUGCUCCAAAUGAAGGGGAGAAUUUUAAUUCUUCAAUUAUCGAGAAACAAUCGCCAAAUUUUAGUUUUGAAAAAAUUAAUGAACAGACAAUUAAUAAUCAACAAGAACAAUCAAUUGAUCCUCGAAUUAUUUCUCAAAUUUAUCAACAAAUUGAUCAGCAAAUUAAUCAAGAAAUCAUUCAACAAAUUGAUCAAUCAGUCAAUCAGCAAAUUGAUCAAGAUGAACAACAAAUUGAUCAACAAAUCGAUGAAGAAAUCAAUCAACAAAUUAAUCAGGAAUUAAAUCAACAAAUCGAUAAUCAAAUUGAUGGAGGUGAUCAUAAUAUUGAUCAGGAUUUAGAACAAGAAAUUGUUCAACAAAAUGAAGGUGAAAUUUGUCAAGAUAAAAUUGAUGCAAACGGUGAAGUAGAUUAUUCAGGUGACACUAUAAUCUAUGAAAAGGAGUUAAAUAAAAAUCAAGUAAAAUGUAAAACGAAUAAAAAAGAUCAAUGGAAAGAAUUUUUAUCUAGUGAUGAUGAAGAUGAUAUUAUUGUUGAUGACGGUAAUGAUAAAGAAAAUUCUAUGAAAUUCAAAUUUAAAUUAAACAUUAAAAAACCACAGGAGAAAAAAUCUUUAUGGGAUAAUUGGUGUAGUUCAGAUAGUUCAGAAUAAUAUAUUUUCAAAAUUUUUUCAACAAAAAAUUUAAUUAUUUGUGUAUUAAAUUUUAAUUUAUUUAUGAAAACUUAGAUAUUUUAUUUCGUUUUUUUUUCUAUAAAAAAUAUAAUGUAAUAAUAUAAAUACGAUAAUAGUUUGUGAAAGUAACAAAAUGUAAUGUGCAAGUUUUAAUUUAUUUUUUUGCUUAAUAUUGUAAUGUAUAAAAAAAAUUCAUAAAAAUAAAAGAAAUAAAAUUAUUUUUCUACAAAUAA